AAUCAUUUUUUUUACAUUUGUAUUCGAAUAAUUGAUUGAUUGAAUCAAAAACGAAAAAAAAAAUGUUGACAACAAUGGUUGAAGAUGUAACGAAAUCUUUACCACCAUCAACACAUCAUCAUCAUCAUCAUCAUUUUCAUCAAAAUCAUCAACAUCAUAAUCCAACAUUACAAUCAUCAUCAAUUUCAACAGCUACGAUUUCAUUUCAACAACCGCAACAACAACAACAACAGCAACAACAAUUAAAUAAUAUUUCAUCGAUAAAUGGUUCGAAUGUUGUUGAUAGUAACGAUGCCGGAAUGGCCAAUAUCAGUAAUAAUAAUAAUAAUGGUCAGAAUCAGAAUUCUGCACCACCGCCACCACAAACAUCAUCAUCAUCAUCAUCGUCGCCUUCAUUUCAAAUGUUACAAUUAACAACUGAAGAAUGGAAUGAAUUAAACACUAUUGAUAGUCAAUUGUUUGGUGUUUUUAAACCAGAAGAUUUAAGUUGUCAAAAAUUAAAAUCACUUUUAUUGAAAGCAAUCAAAUGUUAUGAUUUGGCAUUAUUAAAUCGUAAUCUAAAUGGUUCACAAACAAAUUCUGGUGGUAAUGGUGGUGCUAACCGUUUGAAAUCAAAUGCAAUUAAUCCAAAUGUGUUCUGUCGUCUUGGACAUUAUAAUUUUUUACUUGGUAAUCGUGUUAAAGCUUUAUCAGCGUACCAACGAUAUUUAAUAGCCGAUAAAAAUCAUUGGAAAAAUUCCGCAGCAAUAUUCGGCCUUGGCCUUACUUAUUUCCAUUAUAAUGCAUUCAAUUGGACAAUCAAAGCAUUCAAACAAUUGAUCUAUACGGAUCGACAAUUUUCACGUACGAACGAAGCACAUGUACGAUUGGCCAUCAUCUAUAAAUUUCUUCACCAUUAUAGUCUUGCUCAUAAACAUUUUCGUAUUGCUUUGAAUGAUACGAAUUUUUGUACAUUAGGAAAGAAUGAAUUAAAAUUCCACAUAGCUCAUCUCUAUGAAUUAGAAGGAAAAAUUAAAACUGCCCGUGAUCAAUAUUUAACGAUAUUGAAACAGAAAGACAUAUCACCUUCAUUACGUGCCGAUUGUUUACGACAAUUAGGCUGGAUUUGUUAUUCGAAUGAUUCAUUACCAUUAAUUAUUGAAAAUAAUUUACAGCAACCAAAACAACAAUCAUCACAGCAACAAACACGUUAUUAUCAGGCAAUUAAAUAUCUAAAUGAAUCAAUUGAAUUAGAUAAUGAUCCAUAUACUGCUUAUUAUUAUCUGGGUCGAUGUUAUGCCUGUCUAAAUCAAGUACAUGAUGCAUUCAUUUCAUAUCGACAUUCAGUAGAGAAAACUGAAGCCAAUUCAAAUACAUGGUGUUCGAUUGGUAUACUUUAUCAAAAACAGAAUCAACCAUUCGAUGCAUUACAGGCAUAUAUUUGUUCAGUACAAUUAAAUAAAGAGAAUAUAACAGCAUGGAUUAAUCUUGGCUUGUUAUAUGAAACUUAUCAACAAUAUAAUGAUGCAUUCAAAUGUUAUAUACAUGCUACAAAAUCGACAAAAGAAAAAUCAUCAUUACCAAUUGGUGUUAUUGAACGUGUCAAGUAUUUAAAAUCAUCACAAAAUAAUAUUAUGUCUAUUAGCACUCAGAAAUUACCUUCAUUAGAAUUAGCUUGGAAUAAUUCUGUCGAUAACGAUAUGGCCUCAAAACGCCAUCAAUCGUUUGCUGCUGCUGCUGCUGCUUCAUCACAAUCAUCCACAAUGGAUCCAAAUGAUCCAUUAAUGAACAAUCAUAACACUGCCAAACGACCUAAAUUAGAAAAUCAUCACCAUACACAUGUUCAUCAUCCACAUCAUCACCCAAGUGUUGUCCCAUAUAAUCAUCCUCAACAACAAGUUUCCUAUGAUAAUAUGAAAAAUUCUUUUCAAUCAACAACAUCAAUGUCAUCAUCAAUUGCUCAACCUAAUAAUACAACAAAACAACAACAAUCGCCUACAUUCUUUCAGAAUAAAUCGAAACGUUCAUAUUCGGUUGAUAGUGAUGUAAUGUCCAAUCAGACAAUUUCAUCCGAUGAUUCGGGUAUCGAUUCAAAAGAUGUUUAUUGUCACCAUUCUAGUCAACAACAACAACAACAACCAAAUAAAGAUAAAGAAGACGCCAUCAUUUCAUUAUUAUCCUCAUCAACAGCAUCGGAUUCUAGUCAAGAUCCGUCCAUUAGACAGCCAAAACUAUCUAUCGAAAUGAAUGCACAGCAGAUAAUUGAUGAAUGUAAAAAAUUUCCAUCAAAAACAACCAGAAUCAUAAGCAGUAUUACUUCGGAUGAUGGCUAUCCACCUUUUCCGCCUGAUCCCCCCUAUCCACCCUUACCUCGAGAAAAACUAAAUCCACCAACGCCCAGUAUCUAUGUUGAAAGUAAAAAAGAGGCCUUUUCGCCAGAACUUCAACAAUUUUGUCUUUCGAAUCAUAUUGCUGUUAUACGUGGCCUAUCAUCGGUGCUCAAACUGGAUUUAGGCCUUUUUUCAACGAAAACAUUGGUCGAAUCGAAUUCCGAUCAUUAUAUCGAAGUACGACGUCAAUAUAUGCAACCAUCAGAUGAGAAUUGGGAUCCUGAACAUCGAGAUAUGGUUUGGUAUUGUGAAAGUCAACGAUCACAUACAACCAUUGCUCGUUACGGUCAUUAUCAAGCUCUUUCAUUCAGUGAAUCAUUAAAAGAAGAUAAGGAGAAAAAUUCAACGACAAUAUUUAGAGAUUCAGAUUCAGAUUCGAAUUCAACAUUUUCCAAGAAUACGAAAAAACAUAAAAAAUAUAGCAUGUUCAAACCGGUUAAAUUUGGUACGAAUGUCGAUCUUUCUGAUCCGAAAAAAUGGAAAAUUCAACUUCAAGAACUAGCUAAACUACCUCCAUUUGCUCGUGUAUCAUCAGCGGCAAAUAUGUUGACACAUGUUGGUCAUACCAUUCUUGGUAUGAAUUCGGUUCAGCUUUAUAUGAAAGUUCCUGGUUGUCGUACGCCUGGUCAUCAGGAGAAUAAUAAUUUUUGCUCCGUAAAUAUCAAUAUCGGUCCAGGAGAUUGUGAGUGGUUUGGUGUAGCACCUGAAUAUUGGGGUGUUAUCCAUCAUAUUUGUGAACGGAAUAAUAUCAAUUACUUACAUGGUUCAUGGUGGCCAUUAUUGGAUGAUCUUUAUGCUGAACAUGUACCAGUUUAUAGGUUUGUACAGAAACCGGGUGAUAUUGUUUGGGUUGGUGCGGGCACUGUACAUUGGGUACAAGCUAUCGGAUGGUGUAAUAAUAUCGCAUGGAAUGUCGGUCCAUUUACUUCAUUGCAAUAUGAUCUGGCCAUAAAACGUUAUGAAUGGAAUAAACAUGAGAAUUAUAAAUCAAUUGUGCCAAUGAUAAAUUUAUCCUGGAACAUUGCUCGUAAUGUUAAGAUAUCUGAUAAAUCUGUGUUCACUAUGAUGAAGUCAACUUUGAUGCGAUCAUUAAAAUAUUCAAUAAUGUUAACGAAUCUAAUUGAUGAUGUUGGCCAUGAGAUUAUUUUACGGCAACGAGAUUCACAAGAACCGGCACAUUAUUGUGUUGUUUGUGACAUUGAAGUAUUUAACAUUUUAUUCGUCAAAGAAGUUGAUCGAAAACAUGUUGUCCAUUGUUUUUAUUGUGCACAAAAAAUGAAUCCUGAAUUGAAUGAUUUUGUUAUACUUGAAGAAUAUAAAUUGGAUGAAUUGACAAAAGUUUAUGAUAAUUUUCAAUUGAUUACAACACCAGCUGCCUCUACAAAUUUGAAUACGACAAAUAGUAGUAAUAAUAAUCAUGCAACAACAACAACAACAACGACGACGACAACAACAACAAUGUCUAUUAAUAAUACGAAUAACAGUAAUACGACGACAAUGACACCCAUUACCGUUGGUGGUGGUGGUGGUGGUGGUGGAACAUCUUCCUGAUAUUAAAUAGUAAAAUUUUAUUGCUCACCUUUUUCAGUUUUUAUCGCCUUUUUUUUAUCAUCACAGCCAUCUCAGUUUUUAAUGAA